AUGCCAACUCUGUGGUUUAAAAAAAAGAAUAAACGAGUAAAAGACAAAUCUAACACUGACGAUUAUGAUGAUAAUGAUUUUCUAAAUUUAACUUCAUUAUCCGUUACCACUACUGGUUCUAACUCGAACCUCUUAGAGGAACGUCUCAAACGCUUUGAAGAUGAAGCUGGUCAAGUUAAUAAUACGGCAUCAUUAACAAAGAGGAUCUCAUAUUUACGAAGAAGCAGAGCAAAUGAAGUUUCAAGGGCAAUUACUAAUAUUGAAGAUUCAAUGAAUGUUGACCUUUGCUUCGUUCUGGAUUGCACUUGCUCUAUGUAUGACUAUAUUAUAGCUGCUAAAGAGCAUAUAUUAAAAGUGGCUAAAUAUUUAAACCGUAAUAAUUCAAAUAUCAAACUCUGGGUCGGUUUUUGUGGUUAUCGUGAUCAUUGUGAUGGUCGCAAUCGUUUACAGAUUUUUAAUUUCACUAGUUCAUACAAAAAAUUUGAAUCAUAUAUAACCCAUAAAGUGGUGGCUAUGGGUGGAGGUGAUUUCCCUGAAGAUGUCCUAGGAGGUCUUAAUGCUGCAAUAACUAAUAUGACCUGGAGUAAUUCUACUCGUAUUCUUAUCCAUAUUGGUGAUGCACCACCACAUGGUCGACAUUUUACUGACGAAACAAAAGUAUAUGACAAAUUUGAUAGAUAUCCGAAAGGUGAUCCAAAUGGUCUAACCGCUGAAAGUGUGCUAAAAGAAAUGCAAUCAAAGAAUAUUUUAUACCAUUUUGGAAAAAUUAAUGAUUCCACUGACAUUAUGCUUAACAUAUUUCGUGAAAUAAUCGGUGACUUUCCUGUAUUUGAUCUUGGGUCUACAGAUGGUGAUCCUGAAGAAUUAAUCAACAAAUUUUGCAAAGCUACUUGUUCUGCCAUCUUUACCUCUAUUGCAUUAACUACAUCUUUAAGAAAUCCAAAGGACAUUUACUCUUUGCAACGAAAAAAACUUGAAAUUAAUCCUCUCGAACCUGAUUGGUCUACUCUUCCAGAGAAAAAUGGCGAAAUUUUAAGUUAUGUUUUGCCCAAAACUCUGGAUGAAAUUAAGGACGAAUGUUAUUUUAUUAAUUCAAACUUCACUGUUCAAAACAUUUCUUUUAAACUUGCUCCACAACCAUUCUCUGUCGGUGCUGAACGAUAUGCUUAUUUUGCUCUUGAUAAUAAACUUGAACAAUCUGAUAGAUUAGUAAUUAAAAAAUAUCAUGAUAUUAAAUCAGGCACUAUAGAACAAUACUUGGAAUCAGUGGAAAUCUCUAGUGUUGCUUAUUUCCUUUCAACAAAAUUUAAUCUAGCUGCACAACGUGUCGGUGUUAAAAAGAAAGUUACAUUUGUUGAUGUGAAAGUCUUGUGUGAUAAUUCGGACAAUAAUACUUACUACUCUGUAGAAAGGUAUAUCAAUAAUGCAGAGUUUAAACGAUUUAAUGUGAAUAGUGGUGUAAUUACUGAAUUUCAUUCAAUUCUCGAGGCAUUUGCUCAUUUCACAUAUAAAUUUACAGGUGGAUAUUUGGUGGUUUACGAUUUACAAGGUGUUGAUUUAGAUGAUGAGUUUUUGUUAACAGAUCCGGCAAUACAUUGUAUUGAUUUAUUAAGAUUUGGUGUAACGAAUUUUGGAAAGAAAGGAAUUGAGAAAUGUUUUUUGGCAAAUCAUAAAUGCACUGAUAUUUGUAAAAAGUUGAAAUUAAAUUAA